CGGGAAUCCAGGCGGGGGCUGGGCCAGGCGCGGAUGAGCCGCUGGUGGGGGGAGAGCGGAGCCGGGCACCAGCGGGAAGCCGCCUUGCGCUGCCCGGGCCCCGCGGGGAGCAGACCGUUGGCUGAGCGCUAUUACAGAAGAUACAGUCAACUGGAUUAUCUAAAAAACGAGGGAGAGAAACUGGAGCCAUUCAGUUUGAAAUUAUUCUCAUCUGAAUAGAGAUGGCAGAAAUCAGUUCUCCUGCAAAUAUCAAGGAAAAGAUCAAUGCAGUUCGAUCAAUUGUUCCUAACAAAAGCAAUAAUGAAAUAGUUCUGGUGUUACAGCAAUUUGAUAACAAUGUAGACAAGGCAGUUCAAGCUUUUAUGGAUGGUAGUGCAGUUCAGGUACUAAAAGAAUGGAAUAUGACAGGGAAAAAGAAGAAUAAUAAAAGAAAAAGAAGCAAAUCUAAACAGCAUCAAGGCAAUAAAGAUACGAAAGAGAAGAAUGAUAGAACUGAAAAGGUUUCCCUAGAGCCCCAAGAGAUAUGUGGUUGCCAUCUGAAUGGAUGUGACAAGGAUAACUCUUCCAGUGACUCUGCCAAUGAGAAAUCAGAAGUAAUUUCUCAUGAGAACAAAAGCUGUGGAUUGAAGGAGGUGGUGCAAGCACAUCCAGAAAUCACAGACAAAAACCUGGAGCACAAGAAAAUAUCUGUAGAUUUAAACCUAAAAUCUGUAAGUGGAACAGAACAGCAAGAUACUUUUCAGUCAUCAGUUCAACCGCAGAGUAAUGUAGGCAGGCCGAAGUCAAAAAUGUCCACAGUUAAAGCAUCCAUCCCUGCAGCCCAUCUUGAAACAAAGCCAGAUGAUUCAAUCAAGAAAAAAGGUCCAAAUAUUGAAAAAUCCGUGAAAGAUUUGCAACGUUGCACUGUUUCUUUAACUAGAUACCGCAUGAUGAUCAAAGAGGAAGUGGAUAAUUCAGUGAAGAAAAUCAAAGCUGCUUUUGCUGAAUUACACAACUGCAUCAUAGACAAAGAAGUGUCAUUAAUGGCAGAAGUUGAUAAAGUUAAAGAAGAAGCCAUGGAAAUCUUGACUGCUCGUCAGAAAAGAGCUGAGGAGCUAAAGAGACUGACAGACUUAGCUAGUCAGAUGGCUGAGACACAACUGGCUGAACUCAGGGCUGAAAUUAAGCACUUUGUGAGUGAACGCAAAUACGAUGAAGAGCUGGGUAGGUCUGCCCGGUUCUCCUGUGACAUAGAACAGCUAAAGACCCAAAUUCAGCUCUGCGGAGAAAUUUCUCAUCCAAAGAACAACUACUCCUCAAGAACACCAUGCAGUUCCAUGCUGCUGUCAGUGACUUCGCAUGUGGCAUCUGACAAGCAAAGUACACACUCCCGAAAAUCGUAUAGUCACAUCAAGAACUUUGAUAGUAAAACGGCCAGCACUAAAAUGCCAAAUCAUCUUAUUUGCAAUCCCACAGAAUUCUCUGCCCAAGUAACCCCAACAAAUAAACAGAAUGGGCCGUCUAGCCAGAGACGAAGAUUUAACUCACAGUAUCACGGAAUCCGGCUCAAUGGAUCAGUCAAGUCACAAGGUGCCAGUAACGAAACAGAUCAAAAUAAUAUAAAGAGCAGUUCCAGAUAUGAACACAGAAGACAACAGCAUAAUAGUUUCAGACCUAAAAACAAAGGAGCUAUGAAAAAUCAAGACCAGUCCACAGCUACAAGGACCACAGAGAAUCUCACACAUACAGAAAAAACCCAAAGAAAGCAUCGUACACCAGACAGCACCGAGCCCAGACCAUUCCGCAGCAGCGUUGCUAGGGUAUCUCAGUGCAAUUUAUGUCCUGCAAGAAUAGAGGUCUCUGCUGAUGCCACUGUUCUUUCAGUGCCAGCUGUGACUUUGGUGGCUUAAAUUCUCACCCCGAAGAGAGACAGAGCAGAUUUAUUUUUUUCCACUUCAAUUUCUCGCUCAAGAUGCUAAUUGAAAUGCUGACAAAAAGCUAGUCUGUCAGAAAACAGAAUCAAUUUAAAUCAGUUGCUGCUUAGAAACCUGUUGAUAUUUUUAUUAAUUCCAGAUAAUCAGCAAUAGUUCACCUCAUACUUUCAAGGCUUUGCUCAAUAUGCUCAUGGUUAUUUUUGUCAUGACAAUGCAGCAUUUUAGCCAGGCAGUAU